AGCAGGGAAGGAAAAGCAAAAUUUAGCAUUAAGAUGUUUUUUAACAUGCGGUUACGUUUAGAUUAUGAUUUGAUGGAAAGUUAUGGAUUACAUAUAUUUUAAUUUUUUUUUAGCUUUUCAUAGCAACAGCAUUUUUAAGUAACGAUUUUGAUUUUAGCCCACGUUGCAUUAUUUUCAAAUUUGCAUCAUCGCUCUCGCUUGCGUGACAAUUGGGAGAUGUGGUGAAAGUUUUUAAAGUAUUUUCUAAUAGCUUGAUUUUAGAAAAAAUUGAGUAAAAAAUGUGUGCAAGAAAAAACACAAGAACCGGGGAACCUAACUGCUGUGGAGUUGUGUUUGAACAAGUUACCUAACAGGUCAGUGGGAAGGAAAUUCCGUACCAAGGGACAGAGAAGAAGUUUUUGCAAUAUGUGGCACCCGCGUCAGUAGUCAAUUUAAGACUUGCUGCGCCUGCUCGCCUGGCACUGAAGAGGAUCUGCAAUACAACGGCAUAAAAAGAAAAAAGAAAUCAGAAUUCAACCAAACUCAGCAACGCCGCCUGAUUCGCAGAUUGGGCGCAUUUCCGAAAAAGUAAUAGCUUCAACUUUUGUUCGCGAGCAUACAUUUUGUGUGGAAUGUAAAAGUUUUCUGUGUAUUUCGGUGAGUCCAAAACAAGUAGUUAAAUUCUCAGUGCGCCGUUAAAUACUAAUGAGGUGCAACCUGAGUUGCCUUCAAAAGCAGAAAGUAUUCACAAGAAUACCAAUGAUGUUUUCACAGCAGGUCCAUUUUUGAAAUCUGAAAUGUCUCUUCAAAAAUAUGGCUGGUUGGUUUCGGAGAAUUCGGGAAAAGUUCCACAAGGAUGUAAAGUCAAGUUCCAAACCUACUGGAUUUGCAUCUUCCUCUUUGUCCUCAGGCAAUAAUGAAUCUUUUUCUGCCACCCAUGGUGUUUCCAUACCACCAAUCUGCUCUCCGCAAAAGCCGAAGCUGACUUGCGCGGCCCGCUGGCAGCGGGAUUAUGACUUGGGUGUAUUUCACAGUGAGGAUGAUCUCCCUGAGGUUCAGCGCCUUGUGUCAUAUCUUGAAGGACAGCCUGAAGGCAUUCGUUGUUUUUUGUAUCUAAGGGACUCUAUUCCAGGUGGGGCCAUCCCGAGCGAAUUAUGCCAGGCUGUGGGGAGUAGCCACUGCUGGGCACUUUUUAUCACUAACAGCUUCUUACAGGACCCUUGGUGUAGAUACCAAAUGAAUCAGGUGUUGGCCGAAGCACCGAUGCCCGAUGGCAGAAUCAUCCCCAUUCUUCUACGACUGCCACGUUCAGAGUAUCCUCGGGAGCUUCGCUUUUUCUACCAUAUCAACAUUACUAGAGACCAGGAGAAUGGCUACCACAAAAUUUAUAUGGCAGUGUUACAAUUUUUGGAACAACUCUGCAAAGAGGACCACCCUACAGAAACAAUUCGUACAAGCAGUCAGAUGUGUGGCUCUAGACUGGUUCAAAGCCAGACGACUGCAGCAGAAAUCACAGAGUCAGAAUGUAGAUUAGUGAACCUCGAUGAUCCAGUCACUGUGUGUCUUUCAGACAUGACAGCCACUGUUAUUGAAGAUGAGAACUGGGUGUCAGAGUCAGUCCAGGCCAGUGAAAAAGUACAGAAUUCCAUUUAAGGACAAGAGUUUCCCUACUACAUCUUCUGUGAUCACAGGUUAGAAGUUCAGCUACUAUCAGAAAAGGAAUAAUGGAAGUAAAUCAUCAAGUGGUCUUGUUUAAGUUUUCUUUGCUUGUUUCCUGAUGAUUUCUUUUUAUUCAACUCAGUUUUAUUUCUCCUUGUAUGCUGUGCCACAUAGUAAUCUGAACUAAUUUGGAAUGUUUACUCAUUGUAGCUAUGCCAUAAUAUGUGCUGGUGCUUCAUCCAGGGUUGGUUUUGGCCUAACCGUGUGUCUGAUAUGGCCUGCCAUGCAUGCCCUUUAGCGGACUGGCAUCCAGUUCUGAAUUAGAUCCUGCAUUAUGCAGCCUAGAAGUGUCCUAUGAAAGAUACAUGGCAAAAGUUGAUUUAAAAUAGAUGGAUGGUUUUGCACAUAUGCAACUUGGCAGACACUCUUCCUCAAUUCCUAAAUGUUAACUGUUUACUUUUUUUAGAAAAUAAAUAUAUAUUUGAAGUUCAACAUGCA